AUGGCCAACAGUCAACCCACUACUACCACUGCCGCCACCAGUCGCGACCACGUCGGGCGUGACGAGGAAGUUUCUGCCGAGGAGCGCGAGAGCAGCGAGCGGGAACACCAGCCGGGCAACAGACCCGUGAGGAAGAGGAAGGGGACUACGCGCUCUCGCGAAGGCUGCUUGGUCUGUCGCAAGAGGCGCGUCAAAUGCGACGAGACAAAGCCAAGAUGCAACAACUGCGCCAGGCAUAACACUGAUCAGGAAUGCAUCUGGCCGGACCUGUCGCGGCGAAGCGCCAUCGUGGCCAUCGCGCCGGCGGAUCCGUUGCGGCCGGCGCUGAACGGCUCGAUCUCGCGCAAGGACAGCUGGGCCGCCCGGUCGCUGAGCUACUUCCAGUACAAGUCGGCGGCCGAGUUCGCCGGCUACUUUGACGAGCAGUUCUGGAGCGUCAACAUCCUCCAGAUGGCCCACGCCGAGCCCGUCGUGAACCAGAUGCUCAUCGCCCUCGGCGCCCGCCACGAGGCCUUCCGCAGCGACGGCCCCGUCGAGGACCCCGAGGCCAUCAUGCUCUGCCGCCGCGCCGACCACGAGUACGUCAAGGCCAUCACCAUGUUCCGCGACCACGUCGAGGAGCACAAGUACACCCGCCUCCACAUCACCCUCACCUGCUCCGCCCUCUGCAUCGCCUUCGACUGGCUCCGCGGCGUCGACGCCGAGGCCAACGUCCACCUGACCCAGGGCCUCAACACCCUGUCCGAAUGGAUGUCCGGCGAGGUGUCGGUCCACGGCGGCACCGCGUUGGACUCGCCCGAGGGUCACUUCAUCCGCAAGUAUCUGAAGCCCAUCUUCAUCACCAUGGCCCUGCAGACGAGGACGAUGCCGAACCCGCCCAAGAUCCCCUUAACACUAGUCUGCGCCGAAGACGGAAACUUUACGAGUUUCGAGACCGUCACCGACGCCCGCGACGCCCUCGUCUUCCUCCUGGCAUACCUAUUCCCAUGGGUCCUCUCCUACUACACGACGAACGCGAAAGUCAACCCGUCACUACAGCACGACGUCCACUCACAACUGCUCAAGUGGGAGCGCUGCAUCGAAGACCUGGUCAGGCGGAACCCCGACAUGGACAGCGAUCCGAGGUUAGCCAUCCUGAAGCUUUGGCACAUCAGCGCGAAGCUAUUAUUCUUCGGGGAGAACGCGCAGAGCGAGCGCAUGUACGACGCCUUCAUCGACUGCUUCGAGGCCCAGGUCGUGCUGGUCGAGUGGCUGAACGAGCGGUCCGACAUCCCGCAGUGCCGGUUCUCCGUCGACAUGGGCGCGGUGCCCGCCCUGUACUACACCGCCGUCAAGUGCCGCAACCCGGGCAUCCGGCGGCGCGCCAUCGAGCUGAUGAAGAGGUGGCCGCGGCGCGAGGCCGUGUACGACAGCCUGGCGUGCGCGGCGCUGGCGGAGGAGAUCAUGAAGAUCGAGGAGGGCUUGGAGCAGGGCAACGUCGUGGCGACCGAGGCCGACGUCCCGGGCCACGCCCGUGUAAAAGGAAAGAUCUGGUCGGAAUGUUUCAGGGACGAUAUGGGACAGAGGGUCAACCAGCUAUGGGUGAAGCGGGAAGGUGACGAGGACUACAGCGAAUUCAGGAUAGUGAAGUGGUGA